CGCUCCCUCCUCGCCCGGCGGUGGAUGUCGCAGCCGCUUUUCGCCGUUGUCGUUUGAAAUUCAGCCCAAAAUGGCGGCGGCGGCUGGGAGCGGGGCUGAGGCGGCGGCGGCGGCUAGGCUGGAGGGGGCGGAGGAAGAGGAGGAGACGGCGGCUGCGGCGGAGGAUGAGGAGGAUGUGGAGGAAGACGGUGGCGGGGCUGAUAAGGCGGCGAGCGCUGCGACGGCAGGCGGCGGCGGUGGUGAGAGCGAGGAGGAGGAGGACGUCUUCGAGGUGGAGAAGAUCCUCGACGUGAAGACCGAGGGGGGUAAAAUUCUCUACAAAGUACGGUGGAAAGGAUAUACCUCUGAUGAUGAUACCUGGGAACCAGAGAUUCAUUUGGAAGACUGCAAAGAAGUGCUGCUUGAAUUCAGAAAAAAGAUUGUGGACAAUAAGCCUAAACCUGUUAAAAAAGACAUACAGAAACUCUCUCUAAAUGAUGAUGUAUUUGAAGCAGAAUCUGACAGUGACUGGCAAAGUGAAACAAAAGAUGAUGUUUCACCAAAGAAGAAAAAGAAGAAGUCAAAGGAUGGGGAGGAUAGAAGUCCAGAUGAUCUGAAGAAGAAAAAGUCUAAGUCUGCAAAAUUCAAAGAAAAACCCAAAACAGAAUGUGAAAAUUCCUCAGAGACUUUGGGUUCAGAUUCCAAACCAAAAAAAAGGACUUCAGAUACCAAGGAGGAUUCAAAGGACCCAAAGAAGCAAAGGAAAGAAGAUACUAAAGAAAUCAAGAAAAGGAAGGGAGAAGUUAAAGAUAUAAAAACAAAAUCUAAAGAAGAUUCUAAGGAAAAUAAAAAAUCACGGAGGGAGAAGCAUGGAGAUGUUCAGUUUGACUCAGAAUCAAGUACUCUAGAUGAUAUAUUUUCUCAAGGAACUGAUAAUGAAAAUUCAGACUUAAAUUCUGAAAACAAAGAUGAGAAGCAAAAGGUAAUAAGUGGAGAAGAGAGUUUGGAACAAGAAAUUGCUGACAAAGAUUCCAUUGCUGAUAGGUAUCUUGAUGGAUCAGCAAGUAAUGAAGAUGAUAGCAUUGAUGUUAAAGUUAAAAGAAAGAAGAAAAAAAUGCAGAAAGCUGAAGACUAUAAAGAGGAAAGUAGAAAAGUGGAAACUCAAGAUAUCUAUUUAGAGAAGAAAAGCAUGCACAAAAAGCAAAAAGGUCAAGAAAAAGUAAAAAUGGUACCGGGAGAGUUGGAGAAAGUGUCACCUGCUCCUUCACCAGUGCAGAAGGGUUUGAAAUUGAGUGCUGAUGAAAGAGGGCGCAAGUCCACUGAUUCAGCUGGCGAGGAGAAAGAAAUAAAGAAAACUGAAACAAAAGAAAAAUCUCAAAAAAAAGAGUCUGAAAAAGAAGACAAGAGCAGGAAAGAACAAAAGGGCCUAAAAAGCUUUAAGGACAUCAAAAGUGCAUUUGACUUGUUUAAUGUAGCUUCAGAAGAAAAAAGUGAAUAUUCUGAGAAUAACUGCAAAAGAGAAGAAUCUUCGCUAGAAUAUAAAUUCAUAGAAGAAUUAAAAUCAAAAGGCAGCAAGGUGUACAAGGAAAGGAGGAACAUAAGAGAUGAAACAGACACAUGGACUUACAUUGCUGCAGAAGGUGAUCGAGAAGUAGUGGAUGUAUGUCAAAUGGAGAACGCUGAUGGCAAGCAACAAGUCUUGAGUUUGGGUAUGGACAUGCAGUUAGAAUGGCUGACAUUAGAAGACUUUCAGAAGCAUCUUGAUGGAGAUGAUGAGAAUCAUGUGUCAACAGAACCAAUAUCAAGUACUCUCCUGAGGGAUGCUGUUAAAAGUGGGGAUUAUAUGACAGUAAAGAUGGCACUUUCUUCAAAUGAGGAGUAUAAUCUGGAUCAAGAGGACUCAAGUGGCAUGACCCUAGUAAUGCAUGCUGCUGCUGGUGGGCAUGAUGACCUUCUCCGGGUCCUAAUCAGGAAAGGAGCUAAAGUUAAUGGUAGACAGAAAAAUGGAACAACUGCAUUGAUACACGCAGCUGAAAAGAAUUUUCUAACAACAGUAGCUAUUCUUCUGGAAGCUGGGGCAUAUGUGAACAUGCAGCAGAGCAGUGGUGAAACUGCUUUAAUGAAGGCUUGUAAAAGAGGGAAUUCUGAUAUAGUGCGGCUUAUGAUUGAAAGCGGAGCAGACUGUAACAUUUUGUCAAAGCAUCAGAACAGUGCACUGCAUUUUGCUAAACAAUGUAAUAACAUACUGGUCUAUGAGCAGCUCAAGAGUCAUUUGGAAACGCUCACAAGAGUAGCAGAAGAUACCAUCAGGGAUUAUUUUGAAGCUCGUCUUGCUUUGCUGGAGCCAGUCUUUCCAAUUGCGUGUCAUCGUCUCUGUGAAGGGCCAGACUUUUCUACGGAUUUUAAUUAUAAACCCCCCCAAAAUGUGCCAGAAGGAUCUGGAAUUCUUCUAUUUGUUUUCCAUUCAAAUUUCUUUGGUAAAGAAGUUGUUGCUCGGCUCUGUGGACCAUGUAGCGUACAAGCUGUGGUUUUAAACGACAAAUUCCAGCUCCCUGUAUUUUUGGAUAGUCACUUUAUUUAUUCCUUCAACCCUACUGCAGGCCUUAACAAGCUUUUUAUACGGUUGGCAGAAGCUCCCACUGCCAAGGUAAAGCUGCUAAUAGGAGCGUAUCGAGUGCAGUUGCAGUGACCUCACAGCUGCGAGCAUGUUGAGUGGACUGAUGCCUUUUUGGAUACACUUCUGAUUCUUCUGUUCAGAGACUGAGAAAGCAGUUUGGAACUUUUUUUGGCACCGCACUCUUAAGACCGAGUUCCCAUCUCACUGUCACUCAUUGGCAGUCACGUAGGAAAGCAUGUGUUGGAGAGCAGUUUGGUACGCUGCACUGGUGGGACAGGGUUGUCAGCUUUUUUACUUUGUACAGAUGUAGAUGUAAGUAUUUGUGCCAAUACAUAUAAUUCUGUUUUUCUUUAACUUGUGGAGUCCAGACUUCAUAUUUCAGCUUUUCCACAAUGUGGAAUGGUGCAUAUAAGAACUAUUUAAGAUAACUACAUGAAAUGUCUUUUUUAAUAGAUCUUUUCCAUUUGUAAACUAAAAUUUUUUUACUUACUCUAACUGUAACAUUUCUACAUAAACUGCAGAACUGUCAUAUUCUUGGAGCUGUGUGCAGAAGUUACACUUUGAAGUCACUGUGUUAGAUUUAACUUUGAAUUGCUGAGGGCUGUGUUCUGGUCUGAAACUCUUCCUGCUGCUGUCUCCCACUGAGAAAGCAGUUACGCUUAGAGCGAGUGAUUCCCUUUGUACAAGUGAACAAACACAGUGAAGGCUGCAGGUAUGAACAAAGCUGAACAGGCCCCACUCAUAGGGUCGCAGUCAGGUUCCUACUUCUAUCAAUCAGUGUUGUUUUAAAACUACUUUUGGAUUAGAGAAGCAACUGAUAGUUUACAGACAUCUUAACUUUUAAGUUCUUAGUCAAGCAACAUGGGGAAAACAAAUACAGGGUGAAAAAAACCCAGAAAACUUAUAACUACCUUAAACGUGCAGGCAGUGCUUUCUGUAGACAAGAAGAUUCACAGAGGUCUUCAGAUGUUCUCAGCCUGACAGAUGAGAACAUGUGUUGUCCUGUAAUUCAGAAAUUCAGUUCCUCAGUACAAACAGCUGCUAUCUUUUUUUUUAUUUUUAUUUAAAUGACCCACUUUAUCAGACGACAACAGUUCUGUAAUGGUCCUGUGCUAUAAAAUACAAAUGUAAUACUUGUGCAUGAAGUAUAGAAUAUUUUUCUUUGUAAAUUAAACAACAUCUUGAAAAGAUAUUAAAAAAAAAAACAAAACAAAAAAAACCCCACAAACCAGAUUGUGCCUUUGCUGUUCUGGUUGCUACGUGUAGUUUACGUGCCACUAUGUGCCUAGAUGAUUAGCAAAACUAUUGUGGAUAAAUUCAUAAUGUAUUUGAUUGCUCACCAUCAAAAUGGUGCAGCUCUAUUAAGUAUCCUUUUAAGAACUGUGACUUUUUAAUAUAAAGUUCAAUUAACCAGUUUUUUGAUUUUUGGUUCUUGAAAGUUUAAAACUUUAUAUUUAAGAAAUGCCAAAUGAGUAAGUAACAAAGCACACUAUUUCAAUUUUGUGAAAUGUCACAUUAAGCUAUAGAAAACUAGAACAGCAGCACGAUGUACAAAUACUCAUUUCUGGCUGUAGAGUAGUUGCCUGUCUUUUUUGCAAACAGUAUUAAGGGGACUUUAACAAGUCUGGGUUUGAACAGACUUGUUCCCUACACCUCUCUGAAAUAAGUUAUUAGAUACCUCAUUUUGCAAAGUGUGCACACCUGUAAUGCAUGAAAAGCACUGCCUGAGGAUCAGGUCUGUCACUGCUAGCACCUGGGACUUUGCAUAGCUGUAUUUCUUUCAGUCACUGUGCACAACCAUGGAGGAUGAAUAAGGAAAGGGGAUAUUCGUAAGCAUUGCCUAAUGGUGGAGUGAUAGUUUUCAUGUACGUGGCUACCCUGUCCUGUUACUCCUGUAUUGUACACGUAACAGUGUGGUGCGUGCAUGAUGAGCUCUGUACAGCACAUAUGCAUCAGUGUCAAUGUUUGAGCUGUUCAAGUUGGGGACAAAAUGCUUUUGAACAAAUGUCCAUAGAAUAUAGAUGCUAUUUAGAAACUGUUGUACAGUCUUACCUAAAAAUGUCAAGUAAUGCUCCAGGAGUUGACAUAGCAAGUAGUUUGUCAAAGGCUGUUGAUUUUGGGGGUUUCUUUUGUUUGGGGUUUUAGUUUCUGGUUUUUUUGUUUGUGGUUUUUUUUUUUUUUUCCUUGAGACAUUUAGGAGAGAGGGAGGAAGUUGACAGAACAUGGGAAUAAAAUUUGGGUUCAUGAUGGUUUUAUUAAGGGAUGGAUUUUGCAGCCAUCUUUCUCUUUUGGUUGGUGAUAUAAACUCAAAACCCCUACUGACGAUGCAUAAAAGGCAUAUGAAAAGAUGUUUGAAGCUGGUUUUUGUCUGAUUUUAUUACAUGGGUUUUAUCCAAUUGCUAAGAAAAAGGUCUUGGUGGACAAAGGAUGAAGAGAAAGUAGCUGCAAUAAAAACCACUUGGUGGAGAAAGACCUUUGAAGUAUUUGCAGCUAUAAACUGUUACUAUAAACUGCAAUGGCAAUACAUUGUUCUGAGACCUUGGAUUCAUUACCUCACUGCUACAUUAUCAGCAGUUGUGUUCCUGGCUGAAGGGUGGUGGGGUGAUGCAGCUGACUUCAUCACAGGUCCUCUGUGCUUUCUGCACCCUUUCAAAAAUGAGAUGGUUUUUGAUCAGUCUGGAGGGAAGCAAGCUGUCUGAAUAGAUGGAAGAAGAGACAGCAGAGAGCGCAGCUGCCAUCUUGGCCAGCUAGGGUUGCUUGAAGUGCCUGGGGGUUUCCUAAAACGUCCUGCUUCUGCUUGCUAUAAUUCUGUUAUUGCUAUUUGCCACAGCCAGUGUAAAACCUCUGUCCUUUAGGUCAGUCCUGCAGAGCAGUGGCAGUCUGGGAGCAUGGCAGCUGAGACAGCAUUGCUACAGGAAUGCAUUGUGCAGGGUCUUCAGUUUUGCUGGAGUUUCCCUCUGUAACAUGGAGCUUCUACAGCAGUUGCACAUGAUCAUCCAUAUGGGGAGAAAGCUGCUCUCAUCCCUGCCACAAACCCCCACAGCCUGAGCCACAGCCUGCACAGGCCAUGCUUAUGUGCAUAUUUUUUUGGUUUGUUUAAAGGCUUUACCAAGCCAGUUGAGCCAUCCUGACUGGAAAGGUUUGCACAGGAGAUGUGCCAGCAUUUGAAGUUUGCCUUGCUGUCCUGGAUCUGUCAGCUCUACUGUCUUAAUAUUGGAAGAGUCCAUAUUUCUAUAAACAGGAGGGUGAAGAUCCCUAAACCACAAGGGAACUUCACCCCACACAGCCCCCCAGAUGGGUCCCCUGCAUUCACCCUUCAGAAGGGUGACCAGAAACUCCCCGUGGUUUCACAGUGUGGGGAGACCAAUUGAAGUACAGCGAGACAGUACUGGCUUGCACUACUUUUAUUAGCAGCAUGAUACAACACUUAGAUACACUGAGAAUUACAGGACACUUCUUCAUUACUGUGCAGUGCAAAGAUGAGCCUGGCUCCAUCUUUUCUACCCCCUUCUGUUAACCCAGCUGAAGUGAGAUUGCCUACCCCAAGCUCCUGCUUCCAAGACUGAACAGACCCACUGUCCUGUCCCCAUGGCUUCUAUGCACCAACCUCCUGAGCAUCUUGGUGGCCUCCACUGGACUUGUUCCCAUGUACAGCUGGUCUUUGGGAGCCCAGAACUGGUCACAGCUCUCCAACUGCAGUCUGGGAAGUGCUGAACAGAGGAACGAUUGCUUUCCUCACCCCUGCUCAGGGUGGGGUUGGACACCUUCAGUGUCACUUGUCCCUCAGGAUGCCCAGAUCAGCUUCUGCAAAGCCUCUUCACAACCGCUCUAUGCCCAGGCUGCGCAACAUCAAGUCAUUCAGUACCCACCGUAGGGCUGUGCAUUUGCCUUGGUUGAACUCGGUGAGGUUCCUGUCAGGCCCUCAAUUUCAUGUUCACUGCCUUGCUGCUUUCAGGAAAUGGAAAAUAAACAUCCUGUUAUUCAUAGAUUAAUUUGAAAUGGUUUUGAUACAAAAAACCUGAAAACUGGUGAUACAUUACAGUGCAAUGUUAAAAUGUCAUUGCAUCAAAAUGCAUUCUUCAUUAUUCAAUUCAUUCAUGGUUUUUGGUUUUCAUCUUUUUACUGGACUGCAUUAAGACAGCAGGUAUUUUAUCACAACUUCCAACUCAGACUUAACUGCGUGGACAGUGAAAUCUUACUGCAGCUUUAAUCUCCCCAUUGGUUACCCCUUCCUUCCAGUCCUGCUCAGCUGUGAGAUGGCUCAUACAAUUUUCUCUAGGUACCUAACCUUUCUGUGCUCUUUUAAACUCUACUGCAACUUAAACACAAUCCACACUGUUGUUUUUUUCUUUAAACCCCACCACUUUACUAUCUUGUCACAUAUCUUAGCGCUUGAAAAAUAUUUUCUUACUCAUUUAAGGGUUUUAAGUCCCAAACCAAUCAUUUAACCAAGGAGCAGUCUUUUAAUAUAUCAUUCACCCUGAUUCUUGUGGUAGCACGUACAAACUUUAAACCUUUUAUCAACACCAUUUCCCAGUACCAGUAUUGGAGAUCUGGAAAGAAAAUCUGCUUCCAUACAUUUUAGAUAAAAAGGGAGUCAAGGCCUCAAGUUACUCACCCAAGUUGGCCACGUAAGCUUUACUAUGACAUGCUCAACUUUGCUUAACAGCGGGUGCUGCCUCCUCUGCCGGGGGCUGAAGAGCCAACAUCACAAAAACUUACGUCCUCGUACAAGAAAAGGCACCUUGAACGUGGCAAGCAGAUGUCAUGUUCAGGCUCUUCCAGUGCGUCUCUUCCAAUCCAGGGUGCUGGUGGGACUCUAAUGAGCGACAACACAAGUAUAUUCUCACCCUUGGUAGUCCUUGUAAUUCCAACUUGAAGAGCAGCGUUUUGCACAUAAUCACAGUAUAGCAGAAAGCCAUCCUCAGUUCUGAGGGCGUACAGCCACCAGCAGUUUGCACUGAAACCUAAUGCCAGGGAGAACAUUUUCAGGAAAUAAGUAUGAUUCAGGUUAAGGAGUUACAACAGAUACUUAAGAGAGAACUGUCUUGAAACCAUGCUUUUGUAAUCAAAGUACGGCAAACAACAAGGCUCAAAUAGCAACUACAGAGCAAAGCAUUGGCAAGUACAGUUGGAUAAAGAGCUGGGAAACGCUAACGCUUUCCCAGCCAGCCCUUCUGAGAGGUGCCCUGGAAUUCUCUACCACUGUGCAGGAGCCCCAGUACCAGGCAGCCUGACAGCACAUUUUGAUCUCACUGCAAAUGAAGUUGGAGCCCAGAACUGCGUACAGAUUAAUUUCAGUGCUGAAGGGAUGCAGUGACACACCAGGGCCAGCUCUCAGCUCUGCAAAUGCUGCUGGCAACAAGCUAAGGAAGAUCAGACUGAGCAGGUGUAACUUCUUGUGUGACUGAUUUGGCUCACUCUCCUCAUCUUAAGCAACAGUUAAGCAACAGUUAGCUAUCACACACUCUGCCCCAAAUACAAUGCAAUCCACUCACAUUUUUAUCCAAUCUUCCCUCAAUUUUUAAAGCAAUUUCAUUAGGCCACCAGGCUGUGUCAGCCAGGUUCGCACUGCAAUCUGAAGUGCACACACACAGACAAAUAAUGGGGAAAAGAAAAAGGAUUUUAUCACUCCACUGAGACAAGGAGUCAUUAUUUAGGCAGUGAAAGAAACAUUUGUAUCUCUGAGGAACCUCAGCCCCGCUCUUCCCUUAACAGGAAGGAAACUGUAAGUUGAGGACAGGAAAAUUCUGAGACGCCUGGGAAGCCUGCCAAAGGCCAAGGCUCCCAAACGGCUCAGUCCACAGGGGCAGUCUGGUACCUAAGGACAAGCAAGACUGAAUUCCCAACAGCUACAUGGUCAAGACAAAAUGUCAGCUGGCUAGAAAAACCUCUUUUGAAUAAAACUUUGAAAAAAUCAAGUGUUUUUUCUGUUCCUAUUACUUUUCUGAUAAAGAGCUUUAAUUGUAUUGCCUUCCUUUGAUUUUGAGAGUAAAUGCUUGCAGCUGGCUUAUUUCCAUAGCCUGGUGUAUAUUA